AAAUGGGAUCGAUUUUGCAUUUGCAAGAAAUGCGAGAGACUGGAUCGAGAACUAGAUAUUUCCAUAUUUGGAAAGUAGUAAACAUCUCGGCAAGUGGAAAAUUGAUUGUGGUUUUGGCACCCAGUCGGAGGAAAUUUUUUGAAUUUGCAAUUUGCAAUUUGCAGGGGGCUUGAUUCCCUGUAAAUUCGCUUGUAAUUUGUUUGUUUGAUACUUGCGUUUAGUCAUGGACAACGCUAAAAGUACGCCACCGCGAUGCCCGUGCGGAUUUUGGGGAUCUCCACAGACUUUGAAUUUGUGUUCAAAGUGUUACAAGGAUGAAUUGCAGAGGAAGGGAAGAACGGAAGAAAAUAGUUCGUCGCUUUCAGUAAAUAAGUCUAAUGCUCAAUCGUCUAAUCUCGAGCAAUCCAAACAUGACGUUGAAAAGAAGCCCUCGACCAGUACUGUGCAAGAAGGCAACCGUGAAAGUGAACACGAAAAUAACUAUAUAAAAUGUGGCCUGAAUACAGAAAAUAAGUUAAAAGUAGAGAGAAAUGAUCCUCAAGACGCAAGUAGAGAUAAAGAAUCAGGGAAUAAGGGGAUAGAUGCUCCGCUUCAAAAGAAGAGAAAACGGUGUUGGACUUGCAACGCAAAGCUUGAACUCGCUCAGAGGGAGUUGGGGAACUGUCGGUGUAGUUAUACUUUCUGUCAGUUACACCGAUUACCAGAACAGCAUAACUGUGCAUUUGACCACAAAGAGAGUGGGCGACAAGAGGCAAGGAAAAAGAUGGUCAGCCCCGGACCAAAGAAAGUUGGAAGAUCUUUCCAGAGAAUAGAUGAAUGAUUUAGAUUUAACUAGGUUUGAAUAAUACGUGGUAACUUACAUUUCAUACAAAUGACUACAACCGAUUUCUAAGAGCCCAUUAUUCAUUUGUGCAAUAAACCAACUGGAUAACUGAAGUAACCGAAAAAAAUCCCUGCUGGGUGACAGAUGAAGUUUGCUACCAGUCACCUCUGGCACCAAGCUUGAAAUAGCAUUACAUUGACAAACUUACUAGAGUUAAAAAGGAUUUCUGAAAAAUAUGAAUAAGACUGUUUUUUCACUUGGUGGCAGUGUCUAUCACCAAAUAUUUAGGAAUGAAAGGUAAUGAAGGUGUAUGCAGGUCACUGAGGAAAAAAUUAAAUUAAAAUUAUGAAAAAAUGUGGGGGUUGAGAAGAUGUGUUGUUGGACUUAAAGGCAGCUUGUUUAACUCUUUAUGCCUUAACAUCAAAAUACAAAUUCUCCAUGCUAUUCUUUGUACAUGUGCUAAAAUACCGACAAGCUUUGUUAGGUGGUUAUCAUUUCCUUUAUUCUCAUAACCCUUAUGUUUGAUUUAGGGGCGACACCAAAAGGAGAACUUAGAUGCUAAUAGGAGUAGAUUAAGCACUGCGAAAAUGGCGAACGCUGAACGUAGGCUAGUCGUUUGCCGUUCCAUCCACGAUGUUUGUCUGUGUAAGCUUCCCGAGGACACGGCAGAACUGGGAAGUAGUGUCCAAAGGCAAAUGUUCUCGGUCACCAUUCAAUGCGACUAGAAAUGAUGGAUACAAAGAAGUAAUGUAUUUUCUGCUUGAGUUUGAACUCUGUUAGCUUUACAAGCAAUUCAUAUAGAACUAAGAUGUUAAACAAAGCUUAGCUAUAAAAGCAAGCAAUCAAAAUGUAGAAAUAGUCGGUAAAAAUGGGCUGCAGAUACUCACGUUUUUGUGUUCCCUACAAACGGGAAAAAUGUCCUUGAGUAGAAACAGCAGCUGGCAAACGUGGGAAAUGUCAGGUCACAUGACCCUCUGCUGUUUGUGGGAAAAAAAUACAUGGUGCUUAAUCUCUCUAAUAACUCUAAGCGGGGACUGUAAACCAAUACUACUGUGAACUUCUAAUUUUUCAGGUGUUUUUGGCUCGGUGUUUACUACUGCAAAACAAGUUUAGUGGUGUUUCUCUUGACUUUCCUCUUUUGGAGGAAAAAAUCAGAAAUGUUGGAACAAUCUUCUAAUACUAGUUGUACCAGAGUGCAUAGGAAUAUUCUGUUUUGCCUUUUGUGUUGAAAGUCAUCAGCUUGAUAUGUGCAUGCAGUAUCUGAAGGUUUUUUCCCCUUUGCAAGUCCUCCCUCCUCCACCUUUGCAUAUGCAAUAUGGAGUCUAAGGUGACUAAGCCUUUGUGAAAUGCAGUGACACACAAGUGCAAGAGUAUUAAGCUACAAAUUGCAAAAUUGGUCAAUGCUUAACACGUCUAGGAAUUUGCUUGUUCAUUGAACUUUGUCAUGGCCUUACUGUAAAAUUGCAAUUUGAUCAAACAUGUUAUGAUUUUGACAGCAAACAGCUUUGUUAUGCAAGCUUGUUAAGGGGAUGAACUUAUUUUAUUUCAGGGGGUGAGCUUGCAGAGGUUGUAGGGGGCAAAGGAUUGUCAAGAGUUGAUUUUUCCUUAGUGGGCUCUGUAACAAAUUCUGCCAUCUAAUUGGUUCUUAAUGUUGUAUGGAUUUUCCCAUCUCUGCUAAAGCUUACGGUAGGGCUUUCAUGAAUUUUUGUUUUAGUCUCUUUAGUCAGAAGCAAAAAAGUAACCUUGUUUGUUAAUGGCAUAGGGUCAUGCAAUGUAGAAAAAUCUGUGACUCUGCACUUGAAAAAACCGUCCUCAUGUUGCAGCUGUGGACAGCAAUUUGAAGAUCUCAAUACUCAAGCGGUUACUAACAUAUGUAGAUAUGGUGAUGUCCACCAACAGCAGGGCUUCACUUGUAAAAUAAACAAUUGAAGUAGAUUGUAAAGGUCUCACUAAUAUGAUGGGAGUAUACAUAUAAAUAAAAAAAAAUUCUAAAUUUUUGGCUUGAUACCUCUUAGAGUGUUCAUAAUGUAUGGUAGGUUGACCAUUGUGAAUAGAUAUAUUUUCUUAUCUUUAUAGUCUAAGCAUUUACCUUGUAACUGGUAAGAAAUUUGCCUUCAAGUGCUGGUAUUAACAGUAAAUUUUAAGAUUUGGUUUAAGAAAGGUAUCUUAAAAAAUCAUGUGCAGUUAUUUUGUUUGUGAGGUUUUAGAAUAGUGUGAUUGUUCAAGAAAGAAUGUCAAGGGAAUAAUAAAUUUGAAAGACAAAGACUGUUUUGUUAUUUAUUACAAUUUAGGUAGGCAUGGUAUUUUUAGCUAGGUAAUGAUCAUGCCUUUUUAUGAAAAUGUUUAUAAUUGAAUCAUGCUUCCUCUGAAAGGUGAAAAGCAGGAAAGGACAAUGGCCUUGUCCAGUUUAUGGAAGCAGCCAGGGUACCAGUGAUUUUGAAUGAAGGAGGUUAUUUCCUAAAGAUUGUGGUGCUGUGUCAGUAGGAGAAAGACAAGAAACACCUGAACAUGUGGUUUGGUAGAACAUCAUCCUGAAACACCCUAAAAGAGAGAUUAUGAAAAGCAAAUAAAAUAAUGAAAAAGAAGAUGAAAAAAUAC